AUGGACAAUUUCAAAUUCAAAAGCAUAGUCCGCGGAAGAGAUGAUGAUGAUGAUGAUGAUGGUGGUGGUGGUGGUGGUGAUGAUGACGAUGAUGAUGAUGAUGAUGAUGAUGAUGAUGAUGAUGAUGAUGAUGAUGAUGAUGAUGAUGAUGAUGAUGAUGAUGAUGAUGAUGAUGAUGAUGAUGAUGAUGAUGAUGAUGAUGAUGAUGAUGAUGAUGAUGAUGAUGAUGAUGAUGAUGAUGAUGGUAGUAGCAGUGGCAAUGCUCGAGAUCUCAACAAAGGCAGCAAGACGAAUGCGCACACUUGUCCGGCAGAAGACCGUACUGUAGUUUAUCUAUACGUCACGAUACAAAUGUAAGUGACUGGGGCUGACGGCUUCCAAGUCUUUCGUGAGUGUAUCAUGAACACUUACGCCAUGGAAGCUUUCGCACAAGGAUCUACUACCUUUCUUUAAGAUCGACGUAGCACCGGUGACCUAGGCCCAAAUUGGUUUAUUUUCGGGUAGACUUGCAUAGCAUCUACCGUACUCUCUCCACCCUUACUCACCAGACUCCGAUGACAGGACAAUUUCGAGGCAACUUGAUGUGGGUUUGGGCUCAGUGGCUGAGAAAGCCAAAAAGCCCCUCUACGCGUGCCCCACACGGACUGGUUUUCGCAGCGUGGGGACGACGGCCCGGGGCUGAUCUGCGUGAGAGCGCUACAGAGGCAACACUAAGAUGUCCCCCAUCACAGUCAUGCCUGAAUGAUGGUACGCCAACCACCGGGCACGAGUACUGAACAAUCUGUUCCUUGCACUGGGCUGCCGUUUCCCACAGCGUGACUGCUUCUGAUCGUUGAGGUAGAAUUGGGAAAACACUGGCUCAUCUGAAACAGAUUCAACCUCCUCUCAUGGAAGUCAACUGAAACGCCUUCAAGACCUCGACACAGUACUACUACAUCGUUCGUUUAGGUCGUGCCGCGCAGAUCGCCACUCUGACCGCUCAGUCCCCUGGGGUCUAGGUAGCCACAAAGGUGUUGAGUGCCUGUUUUAAUGCACGCAACAGGCAAGACCCUAGUAAUUUAAAUGUUUUUCUAGAUAAUUUAUACUAGGCUACCUAAGUCAAGCAAGUAGACACGAUAUGGGAAUAGUUCUAAGGGGUAUUAGCUCCCAUGCCAACCAAUUCGGAACACAAACCAGACUGGGCGAACAUGAGAUUUGGUUCAAGCGUUUUCUCCGGACGAAUUCCUCUUUGCCUUCAUUCAAGCGUAGUCACUCAGUUCGUUUUCUCUCGCAGGAUUUUGUUGUUCGCCUGGCCUAUGCCCUGGGAAACAUUGCAGCGCGUUGCAGCUUUGCCCGAAGUGCCAUCCUCUGUGGCCGACAAGUCCUGAAAGAACUCUGCCAUCUCUGUCAGCGUCAGGCGUCGAAGGUGAUGAGAAAGUUCGCCACCGCAGGUAGUCCCUUAUUACUCUGUUCUUUUUUUAACUUUACGACUCUGGAGGCCUAACUUUCCUCUAAACCCCGUUGGAUGCACACUUCCUCACCUAACCGAGCUUUCAGGUAAUCUAUGAUAAGUUCUGAUCUACGAUAAGUUCUGCCACCUUCAACACGUACCCCAUUCUAUCUCAAUUUGCGGACCUGUGCACUAGUUAGCUCCGUUUAAACGCAGGUUUCUCGUCCUAUUUCCGUCAAAAAUAUAAUAAGUAGCAUCUUAUGUGGGCUACAGCGUCCGUACUGGAUAGUAGUUGCACACUAGAUCUAACGAGGUUAUUUUGAAUCCAUAACUGUUACCGUAAAAAGAAUAGGCAGACGGAAAUGGUCACUCCUGCCAUACUAGCCGGCUCACACCCAAGUUCAGGCGGCCGGAUAUAUCUGAAAUUUAAGCCUCAGUUAGUUUGCGGUCGCCCUACCCAUGCAGGUAAUUCGUGGUAGCAUAAAAAGUGGAGAUGGUAAUAUAAUCGGUUUAUUUAUAUUAUUAUUAUUAUUAUAUUCGAGAAAUCGAAUAUAAAGACUGAAAAAAUGUUCAAUUCGGUGGAAGAAUAAGUUAUAUCUGUACAGAGUAGCAGAAAUAUGUAAGAUAGCUGGAUUAAAAGUAUUGUACACUUGCAUUCCCUGCGUUAGGGUUGCGUAGAUGGAUCUCGACUGGAUAUUGUGGUUUUCUAAAAGACGGCAGUAUGUCCAAGCAAAUAUGGGGAGUGGUAUGUUUAUUUAGGUCUGGCAAGACAGCUGAAUGAUCAGUUACGUACCCCCUCUAUGCGAUGUCCAUCAGAUGAGAUAGUUGUACCCUUAAUACCAAUUCCAUGGCGAGGCGACAGCGACUCGCUAGGGAAAAGUAACGACCGAUCAAUAGCGGAUUUCAGCCAUUUGGUCGCUAUUGGAAACAACAGCGAAAAUUCGCAACACGACGCUUCACAGCUGCGGGACGGGACACCCUUCCUUUGCGACGUAUGCCUUGUAGCACCUACGAGCGCUCUUACCCGCACUUCCCGUCCAAUCUAUUACUGCACGUACUAUGUAAGGCCCCAAGAAAAAUUUAAAUGAGGGCGUUUUUCAUGUAGUGAGAAAAUGGGUUCUACUAAAGAAAAACAAAUUACAAGAAUUAUCUUCAGAUCUGCUCAUGCGUCCUCGACGAUGAAGGAUCUACUGUGGGUUCUAAGCCAAGUAAGUGUACUAACAGAAUCGUUAUACUAACCAGAGUCAUACAGUAUGGCGUCCGGCUGCGAAUGUCGCUUUCAUAGAGCAUGGAGGGAUCUCUUCAAGUGCCUUGUGAAGGUGACCUCGAGCUCAUACACAUCCACGUGGCCCCCUCUGUUCCAAGUCCCGUAAACGUCCCUUUAGCAUAUGGUUACACAUAAGCAAUACCCUACCUUUAAUUGCCUCGUAUACCACCUCUGAACCACACAGGCCUUCUUUCAUUUUUACUUUCAAGUUAAUAUGAAUUGUUGUCUUGUCAUCGAAGAGGGCAUAAAAAACCCUCCUCACCAAAUCAUCUGUGUUGCAUUCACCGAGGCAGACCAAAAGGUCCCUCUGUGUCCUAAAAUCCCUAUAACCUCGUCAACUGACUCCUGACCGGCGGGUCAUGGAGCCUACUGUUCACCUCCAGGAAGUUGGACUUUGUGCAAAUGGACCGGCUUAGGAGGUCUAGAAGGCGAGGCGGCCUCCCAACUUUCUGGGACGGACUCUCGGAGGCUAGCAAGCGCCCGCAUGGUGUGCAGGUCCCCAUGCAUGCGCAGGUUGCUCUUUAUGAGCCAAGCGAGAUGCUUACCCAUGAGCUCGAUGUUUUUGCUCUGCCUUCGUAGUUACGCCUGUAUUUCACGCACAACAGAGCGUCAGGACGGAUCAUGGCAACCUACCAAGAAAAUUAAUGCCCUACCCCAUUACCUCGGCAGCUCCCCGGCCUGCGUGUUGGCAGCGUGUCCGCGGACCCACGAUCCGAAUCAACUGCAUCGCAAGCUUGGCAACUUGAUGAAACGUACUGCGGGUGAUAUAGGCGGCUCGCCUAGUUCCCAGUACGGUUUGUCAGAUGGAUUACGGCGUUGCCUGAUUGACUUCCGCCGACUUCCUUCGUCACUGGAAGUAGUCACCAUGAAUGUCUUCAACCACAGUGAGAAACUGUCGUUAGUAACUUCUACCAACUACGCCCACUUCGUCCCGUGAUGCUCGUUGACUACCAACUGGGGGCCUGUGUGGUUGUGGGGUCAAAGGAAGGACAGGAAUGAUUGGUAGGGGGCGAUCACCGAUCGUUCAUACGGAACUCACUCGUUCCGUUGUGCCUUACGGGCUCUCUCUCGAGCCCAACCAGCAGCCGCACAGCGGCGCAUGAUAUAUAGGCAGGAUGAUAUUACCGUUGUCUUGUCUUUGUCGGUAAUAACAUUCUGCCUAUAUAUCAUGCGCCGCUGUGCGGCUGCUGGUUGGACUCGAGAGAGAGCCCGUAAGGCACAACGGAACGAGUGAGUUCCGUAUGAACGAUCGGUGAGCGCCCCCUACCAUUGUAUAUUCCCGAUCGAAAACCGACAGGGCAACGGGCUCGUGGCCCGGUGGGUAGAGGCGUGGACUUCUAAACCAACAGGUCGCGAGUUCGAGGCUCGGGUGUUCCACACUUCGGGCUUGGGUAUGGCUGGCUGACGACGGCAAAUAAGCCAGAAAUGGCCAUUCCAGUCUCCCUUGUCUUUGUCGGUAAUACCAUUCUACAGGAAUGAUUGUGGCAAAGGAUACCAGUUAAGUCAUCAGCCUUAAUAUUUUCCUUAAAACGUAUGAGUUAUCUUGAGGAAAGCAGACGUACUCCGGGAAGGUUGCCGGUAGGCAUGCACACUCUAUGAUACUUUAAGUAUCGGCUGUGUAAGGUUGGUGAUUCUGUAGGAUAUAGGAAGUAAUCAUCAAGGUUAAUGAACUCGCUAUACCCUAUGAGAUCACGUCCUGCGCUAUCCAGCAGUCCGUUCUUUAUGCAAACUACCUUGUCGGCGAGCGUUAUGCACCGAUUAGCUGCUGAAGCAUCCACUCGGAAGCCGGCGAUGAGUAUGCAGGUAAACUGCCCUCGAAAAUAACGCCCUCUGAAAUUGUGCCUGUGGUGUGCUUACACAGAAGCCGAAAUUUUUGGCAACUGUAUGUGUGCACACACUGAGUCGCCUAACUAUCUCCUGCAGCGCUCUGGAAGGACUACGCAACAGCCUCUUUAUUCGACCAGGUAACUCUGGAAUGGAAAAGACGAGAAGCAGUCCAAGGCCCCAUGAAGUUCAGCAUCAUCAACAAUGUGCAUGAUGCUGUGGAGGUUGUGGACCAUGUGUAUCAUGAGCCCCUGUAAGGGAUGCGCAUUUACGAGUAAAAAAAGGUUUUUAAUAAAUGUCUAGCAUAGCCAUUGUUUGACAUGUAUGCGUCCGUCGAGGCCAGCUGCCUUAUCUCCGUAAACAGGCGAAAGCGUUCAAAGUGCCCCGCUGGUAGAAUGUCCUUCAAAACAACUAUCCCGGUGUACAGCAAAAAAAUUGUCUGUAUUCAGUGCCCUUUCGGGAAUCUAAGUCGGCUAAGCUUCUACAUCACUGAGAGAAUUCUACAGGUAGAUGGGUUUAAACCUCGUAAUUUACAAUCAACUAUUUCAACUUGUGGUGAACGCGAUGCGCACAAAUUAGUCUGCCAAGGCAUCUUAGACCGGAAAUUUUUAACCCACUGAUGAGUUAGCUUCCUCAUCACACCUAAGUAUGCAGGAUGCAGAGGGUCUAGAGGAAAACUGGACACCAAACCUAGAUUACAACGGAUAAAUGGCGACGAUCCGACUACAUCCUGAUUACUUUCCUGUCCUAUAAAGACGUCAUCUUCCCUCUCCUUGCCUUCCUCGAGGUAGACAACUUUUCGUACAGUCGUCAUAUGCAUUAACAUUCUUAAUCUGCUUAGCAAGAGCUCACGCGAGUGCAUGGCAACUAACACUAGCUAUCCGGACACGUAUCCUGCCUGUGCGAUAACUCAACCAUAAGCCUUCCUCUUGAAGGAACAUUUCCACAUUAGGCGGCUUGCCGUUCCUACAGUGCAUGACAAUGGCAAAUACGUGCGUAUUCAGAGUCCCAACGUCCAUUAAUUUCCAUUAGGACGAAGUACGCUUGCACUGGGUAGCAUGCAUACUUCGGAACCGCUGGCGGCGAUGGGCAGUUGUGAAUCUCAGUGUCUGACUUGGCGUCGAAAACCCUAACGUUUGAGGACUUAAUUGGAUAGUCGAAGUAGGCUACGGAGCCCUCCGAGGGCGUAGUUCCAAUGACCAGGUUGCCUCUGUAUAAUUUUAAACUGCGUAAAUGAUCCAUCUGAGAGUGGAAUUGGACCGUCAAUAUGUUCUUGCUAGCAGCUCCACUCCGGUGGAAUGCAGGCGUCACGUCUUACACACUGCAAUUCACCUAACCGACGCACUACUUGCUGCAACGGUUGGGACGGCUUCCUAAGCAAUCGCUUGAGCCUCCCUAGGUUACUUUCGAAAGGAAAAGAUGAGAAACUGUCUAAUGGACCAUGUCGUAAGACAUCGUCCGGUUGGUGAACAAUGCUGUGAACAUUGCACACCAUUUGUCCUUUACCGUACAAGAGUGAACACAUCUCCACAAACAAUCUCAGUAGAUACCUACUGUAAGAUACCCUAUAAGUGCGCGGCCGAACUAAGCAAUGUGCCGUUGUAAACAGCAGUAGGAAAUGUUUCCAAUACUCACGAGGAAUAAUGCCAUCAAGCACGACUACGCCUUUGUACAACAAAAACUGUCGCAGUUCCGUACCCUUCCACAUGUGCAUGUCACGUAUUGCCAUAGCACACUGUGAAAAUUCACGCGGCAAGUACGCAUUUAGGGAACGUAACCUAUUUGAGAUACUUUUGAGGUAGACAACCGAAAAGCAGUUUCCCCUGUGUUUUGAAGCCGCAAGUUCAGAAGUCUCUUCAUUACACUUAAAUACACCCAAUUGUAGGGGAUACAGAGGAAAUUCACUAAUCAUUCCUACAUUACACAUCAACAAGUGAGGCAUGCCUAUGCGGCGAGGGUCGUCUGUGGCGGAUAAAAAAUCCUCAUGCAUUCUCGGUGACUCAGAAACGCUAUCAUAUAUGACCUUGUGCACGGAUUCACCUUUAAUAUAACACAUCUCACAGCCGUAGUAGGCAUUAACAUUCUUGCUUGAUAAAGACACUGGCUGGAGCAUCGCAUAUGACAGCAGCUAAGUGGACGUGACAUGCAAACCAUUGUUAGACAAUGAUGAUAAUUCAUCAACGAGCGGUUUUCAGAACGCCCGCACGUUGGAGGGCUUGCCUACACCACAGUAUAUUCCUACAACAAAAAUCGUCCCCGACUAUGGGCUCCAUUACCCCAUCUAAAAUGGGCCAAAACUCUACCUUAGUCUUCCUGUGAAUGGGGAGCCCAUCAAUAGCUAGACAUACAACUACCUCAUCCGACGGACAUUGCGGAGAGGGAGGAACGUAAAACUGGUUAGUCAGCUGUCUUGCCAACCCUAAACGAACAUACUCACCACUGCCCAUGGCUGUAACUGGUGCGGAUAUGCUUGUGCCACCCAACAAUGUGCGCGCGCGUCCGACGGAAAGUCCGGGUGGAGGGCCCUGAGAACCUUCAGAAGACUGUUCACAUGAAUGUGCGGCGUUUGUGAGCGCACUGCCCACAUGCCCAGUGAUUCAAGCAGCGUUGGCUCGCCCUCCGCGUCGACAGAGCAUCUUCGUUGGCAGAAGUGCUGUGUAAUUCGAACACCAAAGAACCACUGUCAUCGUAAGAAGACGACGACUCGGUGUAAGCUGUCAAGCUGUCAGAGGAUGAAUACGACGAUGAUGUAUCCGACGGUGCCAUCUGCCUCAUAUUUUCGUUAAUAUUUUCGUACGAUUUCAGUGGCUUCACGCGACGUCGAUGGGUCCGGGCUGCUCACACAAAUAAACAUGUUAGAGAGGAAAAAAGCAGUUAGACGGCGGAGCGAGAACAGGACGGAGCGCAUGCCAACGUGGCAGAGCAGGAAUUGGCGCCGGGGGCCGCGUGCGGGCAGUCCAACUCCGGAUCCUAUCGAUUAGCUUGUGCAAGUGCAUGCAGUCAUUUGCGCCCUCUAGCAACGCGAUCACAGCGAACCUAACAACCAAUCAGAUCACAGAUUCGCUUUGGUAGCGCAAAUGCGGAUGUUAGCGGGCUCAAUGCGCCCUCCUUUGCUAUUAAGGCUGUGAGUGGCCGUCCUCAGCAUAGUCUUAAAAACCUGGACGUUUGACGGGCAAUUAAAGUAGGUUCGCGUUCAACAAGGACCGAAGCAGUUCAGUUCUAUUCCAUGUAUCGUGGCCACUGUCCUGGUAGCAUGUUGAUAUCGACAGGAUAUUGCGUGGAUAUCAACAUGUCAAGAUAGGUAUAUUGCCCGAAUACCGACUUUAGUUACUUUGUGGAUAUACCCCAGUAGUAAUGGACUGCCAUCUGCCCAUGGAAGUCUGUGUCCACCAACUUCCUGUUCACCUCGAUAAAAUCUGACCGGCUGUUUGAUAAGAUUAGCAGCUGUAGGCUUCUCAGUUGCGACUGAACAGGGGGGGGGGAGGGCGGUACUGUCCUCACCCUUCCUUACUCGGAGGAGCUUCAGCAGCAGUUGCGUUUGUCAUAGCUGACGCCUGACCAGGAUAUCUUGCUUGGAGUUCAGCCUAUCGAAGGCAUCCUCGUUACCCUGGGUGUUUGACACUCGGACAGCUUAGGGGCGCCACAGUGAACGGCACAGUCUCAUCGUUACGGUCGGACGCGGCGGGUAGUGUUUCUGUCGAGUCGUCCUCGUCGAUUCGCCGUUGAUACGCUUCCUUUUCUCAAUGAAAUGUAAGUAGCAUAUUCAACCUACCGGCGAUAGUGAUGACGUCUCAUCCCAUAACCACAGUGGGUUUUUCCUUUUUUGUAAGCAAACCCUCUACGAACGUCUGUAAUCUACAACCGCACAGGAAAAAGGUUGACUCAUAGAUGUUUUGGCAGAUUUUGAAUAAUUCAUAUUGACCCAACUGUGAAAACUCGGCGCCUCGGUGGGAUUCGAACGCACACAGUAAGGGGAAGGCUUUAGUACAGCUAACGCUUUAACCACUUGAGCUACGAGGCCCCGCCGGACGACGCGAGUUUAAUCACAUUUGGGUCAAGUUACCAGCUCAACCUACUGAAACGUCUGGAAUCCACCAAAUCUGAUUGAGUAAGUUGACUGCCCAAGCAAGAUUUCCUAAGUAAUUCACCUAGAAUUCACCAGAUGACUACCAGGCUUACGUAAUUCAAGGAUGUUUUGGCAGAUUUUGAAUAAUUCAUGUUGACCCAACUGUGAAGAAAUUCGUCGCCCGGCGGAGCCUCGUGGCUCAAGUGGUUAGAGCGUUGGCUGUACUAAGGCCAUCCCCUUACUGCGUGCGUUCGAAUCCCACCGAGGCGCCGAGUUUUUCACAGUUGGGUCAAUAUGAAAAAGAUUGACGUUAUAGAUGAUAAGGGCGUUUAUCCUAUUUCUACGACUACUUCAACUCCUCAGUGCUCGCAAACCACUUGUAAUGUGAACUGUGCGGUUCUAGGGUUCACGAGCACUGUUCCCGUAAGAGAAGAGUUUGCAAGUGGUGAUACUCUUCAGCACCUACGCUAAUUGUCAAUCAUUUCUGUCAAAACGAUAAACCGCCAAGGGAAGCAAGCAAAUUCGUAAGCGAGGUCGCCAAGGUAGUACAGCGGAUACCAUUAUCCAUGCUGGCUUUAUUGAGAUGCAGGUGCGAGGGCUUAUUGCUAUACGCCAAAUAAUCUGUAACGUUCGUGAAUUCUACGCAGACUAUGUAAACACUUCCAUCCAAAUUUAGCAGAACGUUUUUAACACACAGGUCUCUUACAAGAGACCCUGCCGUUGCGAAAAUAGCAGCGGCAGGUACGCAAUUACGAAUCUUAAAUUCUCACUGACCUUGGCGACUGCUGCAUGUGACACCAUAAAGACACUUUUCCUUUGGCUUCGAAGCCACAAGUUCGCCAGCCUCUAAGUGAGCUAAACGCGAGCAAUCUGGUAAAAGCGGGAUAAUCAUCUCCACGUUGCUGGCCAUUCGGGGGCGAAAUACCUACAAGGUCGCGGUCAUCUGCCGUAUAUAUGAAACACUCAUCCAUCCCAGUGGGCUCUUCAAUACUGUCGUAGACCACUUCGCCCACGUACUUACCCCCUAACGCGACAUCCUUCACAGUUAUAAUAGCCAUUCGCAUUUUUAAUUUGCUUCAUAAAGGUCCUUGCAGGGGAAGGGGUCGAAAAUUAAGGCGGCCAAAAGAAAUUGUGGCGCCCAGCCAAUUACAUCGGCACGCAGGACGCAAUUAGUCGACAUCUAGUCAGCCAGUAGUUUGUAAAACGACUGUGUGCGUCCGAAGGCAUACCAUGGCCGCAGUAUACUCCUACCUCAAAAACUUCACUUACAGAGGGCUACAUAAUUCUACAUAGAAUUGGCCAAAAUCCGGUCGGAUGUGGUUAUCUAGCCCCACCUGAAGUAAACAAACCAUAGUCACCUGUAAUACGGGACCGGUGGUAAUAGGGGUUUGUACAGGUGGGGCCGGGGAACGUACAGGCGACGAGGUCAAGUAGUUGUAUGCAAAAGAAAAACUAUUGGGAAUGCGCGGCUGUACUUUGAGUGGUUGCGCUAACCCCUAACUAUAACCACUCAUCCUAAACCCUAACGUCUAACCUUAACCCCAACAGUACUGUGUCCAUCAGGUGGGGCUACCAAACUACAUAUUACCCAAAAUUCUCACAGUCUUCUUAUGAAUUGGUAGCCCAUCGAUUCCAAAGCAAACAACUAUAUUCUCAUCUCGACUUUGCAUAAAAGAGAUGCGUAAUUGUUCAUUCGGCUGCUUUACCAAUUCUAAAUGGACGCACUCACCGCUGCCAAUUGUCGUCACCGGUGCAGUAUUGCUUGCCUCACCCAAUAGUGCUCAUGUGUCGGAACGAAGGUCUGGCGAAAGCAUAAUCACAAUUUUCAGAAGACUUCUCAAAUGAGUAUGCAGCGUUUGUGGCUAUGCUGCCAACUCGCGUAUCAUACUAUGCAUGAUCGGCUUUUCUUCUGUUGCUUGAGUCGUAGGAGACUCCUCAGGCACGGUGCACGAGACCCACACAUCGAACUCGUCUCUUCGUCGGAUUUGAACGUGAAAGAGGGCAAACGGUCUGAAGUGGAUGAAGAAGCGUCGGCGUAACAAAUCGUUGACCUUGCAGUCUACAUGUUUUCGAUAUGUUCUGUCUGAUAGCCGUUUGAACAUACCUAGAAAAGUCAAACAACGGUUAGCAUUAAGGGACAACAAACGAGAGCCGAAGGCAGGCACACCCGACGCCGCGGUAGGGCAGGGAAUGGCGUCAGGGGGUGCGUGCGUAAAAGCAAGCAUGCUGUUCGAUCGAUUACCCUAUCAGCAUGCUCGCGUUCAAUCAGAGCGUUCGCGAGAUGACUUCAGGGCCAACAAACAACCAAUCAAUUUGCAAAGAAGAUGAACAAACGAUCUCUGGAAGAGUAGGUGUGUUAUUCUGAGCUUUCGGUCUCGUACAAGAGGCCAUCGUCAGAGGCUGUGAGAAUGCGGCGUCAACUGAGCAGUUUUUGUAGUCAAGCCAUGAAGGAGGGGGGAUAUGAGUGCAGAGGGUGGUAUUCGCGAUAAGAUGAGUCCCACGCCGUCUCACGGCGGCGUGACUGCGUGCACCCUUCGCUGGAAAUUGGGUCUCGCCUCUUGGCUGCGGGAACGGAGCGCGUGAUAGCAAGGGGGUAUGUCAACGUGUCUGUUGAUAGAGUUGGUCUCAGACACCCAGGCCUCCAAUAGUUCUCUCGAGCCAAGUCGUCGUUCGGUCUGUCCUGUGUAGUGGCGACGGCAGUCCCGACAUGGGAUCUGAUAAACGACACCCGAUUGUUCUCCCACGUCUAUUUGGUCCUUCACUCGCAGGAUUUUGUUGCGCAUGGUUACUGUCGGACGGUGGACGAUAUCCACGCCAAGCUCUCCAGCGAUACGUUCCAUUGCUUCGGACGCGUUCUUUAUAUAUGGUAGAUGGUGCUCUCCUCCGUUUGUUCGCCGUGGGUGCGUGCGGAGGUAGCGGCUGACGAAACUGUUCGGGUAUCCAUUCCUUGCCAGUUGGUCCCGAAGAUGCCGUAGUUCUCGUACUCGCCCCUCUGGCUCCUUGCAGUGCGUUUUUACCCUUUGAAAGAUAGUCCUAACACAGCUGCGUUUAUGCGCCAUUUGGUGGUUACUAUGAUAGUUGAGAAUCUGAGUCGUGUUAGCCGCCUUUCUGUACACCGUGGUGCUGAGUUCGCCGUUGGGUUUGCGUGUGACGAGAACGUCAAUGAAAGGCAGCUGUUCGGCAUACUCUUCUUCCCUUGUGAACUGAAUGUCCGGGAAGAUGCCGUUAAGCUGAUCUUGAAAGUCUGCCAAUCUGCUUAUUUCAAUUAUAAAGAGCAUGUCGUCCACGUACCGGCGCCAAAAUGCAGGUUCCUAGUGGUCGAAGGCGACUUUUUCCAGCUCCUGCAGACUAGUUCUGCAACCAGGCUGGAUAUUGGUGAACCCAUCGGUGUUCUUUUGAUCCGCUCUUAUGUUCUGUCAUUGAAGGUGAAAAAGGUUUGUUGGCAGAAAGCAAAGAGUUGAAGUAAGUGGUCGAUUUUUUGGGGUCUGUUCGUUGCAUCGUAGUUCCAGAGAUCGUUUGUUCAUCUUCUUUACAACAAGAACCUGGGAUUCGCAUAUUCGCUUCUAUUCAAUCAAUUUGCAGCCUCAAGUGGACUGUGAAGCUACUAACUCCUUGCUAGCAUGUUUUCAGGCAUCUGUCCCCGGGUUGGCGAUUUGCUAGCCGAUUAGGCCAAAAAACCCAAAAUGACAAUUUUGACAUGCCCAGAAGUAGGAUCUUAUCUGAGUUUGAACACCCCCGCUAGACGACAAUUACUCCACCAGAUACCGUUGUCACUUUAAUCUAACUUGGUCAUUUUGGAUACAGACAAAGAUCCUACGAUUAAAUUUCUGAUAUCUUCUAGGCUGUUUGUCACCGCGAAUUUGUAUUUUAUGACUACUUUUCUGUAAGCCUAGAAUUUAUUUGAGCAGAUGACGAAAGAAAUUUAGAGGUUCCUCCUUUCAAAUAAUAUUAGCUAUGGAAAUAGAUUGCACUUUAUCGUCGGACACGCAUACCCAUGAAAAGUGAUGUUGAUAGCUUAUAGGGGGCAGAAAACUCGAUUCUGUAGCCUACAGUCCGCCAGUAAUGACUCUUCCGUCUUGUGAAUUAGAUAGUACAUCAACAAGUUGGCUGUAUUUGCUACUACAGUUAUUAUGCCGGUGCGCGUACAUGUAGGAAUAGCCCCUAUUCCCCUCACGGGUGUCAACAUGUAUUCGUCGCCGCCCAGUGUGUGUUUGUUGCCCUUUAGCCGACCGAGAUAAGCGAACCUGCAUCUUCAGACUUCCAACACCGCCAGUAUUUGUGCUGAAGUCUGAUUCGCUUGAGCGUUUGAACCAUUAACUGAUUGCGGCGCAUUUGACCAAGUAAACUUCCAGUCCUAUAACACCAUGACAACAGAAGGGAUGAGGCUAUUCACCUUCAGUCUUCCCGUGCUACAAUCCCGUCGGACCGCUGUGGAGUUGUUGUGACGCCUUUAGACUAGUGGCUUAGAGGGCUGCAGCUGGGCGUUAAACCUCAAUGGGUCACUCUCAACGCAGGUUUCAUAACGAUUCUUGAGGAUAGAUGUUUCCAAAUUUGUGAAAAGUGAUUCGGUUGUGGUGGGAAAGUAACCCACAAGUAGUCGCUCACACCUACGAAAUGGGUCACGAGUUUAACUUCGCAGCCACCAAAAUAGUCGCCCACACCGGAAACAAAGCAGGCCGGGAAUUGAUUGAAGCCUGGGCCUCGGAAUAGAACUCGGUCAAUCGACUUAUCGAUCUGGCGCCGGCGUACAGAGCUCUGCGUAUUCACCUCCAGUCUCGCGCCGUCGGUCGAUGAUUGGCCUACAUGCCUUAUAACUGUUGCUUGUUUUGCUGCUGCCGCUACCUCUGACGAUGGACUCCUGUACGAGUCAGAAGGCUCAGGACAAUCAACACAGUGUUCAGCUGCUCGACUCUUCUUCACUUAAAGUAACCCAUCCUUGACUCGAUUAGAUCAACCUUAGUCCCAUUUCUAUUCGUUUUACUUCAUCCAGGCUACAGUAGCGGAACGAAUGAGGCUGAUGUUGGGCAGAUUCCCCUGUAAGCCGUCACCUCUCCCCAGGUAGUGUUGCUUCCUAUUGGACACGAUAGGUGGAAGUGUCAUUGCAGAUAAUCGACUUCCACGCGUCACGUGGGUUGACUGGAUGCUCGACAGUCGAAGCACAUGUCCGAUAGCUUUAAAAAAACAAUGCUCAUAACCAGGCCAGUGCUAUCCUUCGCUGUGAGAAAAAUCGGGCAUUACGCGCUUCAAUAAGACUUGCACAUCCUGUGCAAAUAAUAUAGACCUCUCCUUGGCUUUGUCUUGUAUUCUCAUAGGACAAAGUGAACACACAUACAUGUAACUGCAUGUAUAGCUGUUAAAGAUACGGCACGCGUUAUUGAGCUGCGUAUUUAUAGAAAUGCCACACAUCAGGGGGAGGACGUGUUGUGCCACGCCUUGGCUCAGACUCACGCCGCGCCCGCCACAUAAGCCCGACCCCUCCUCCGAUCUUUUACAUCGGAUCUAGUCGGUGAGAAAAGAUUGUAGCAGAUGCAGCGCAAGUCCAAUACACUAGUAUAAACUAAUUUGUGCGCAAGUCACUGUCCCUACGCCUGCCAUGCUGCAGAGCAUACGGUGGACAUCUUCGUAAAUGACGGUUGAAUUGUCGGAUAUUUUUUAAAGAAUCUUGCCUUGGGGCGGCUUGUUUGUGAAACUCACUCGGAUAGAUUUAUCCUCCGAAAUAUUGGGGAACGCGCCGCAAAGCCCACUGUUGCGAGUGUGGAAAAGAAAGAGGUAUUCAUAAGAUUACCUUUUGCAGGAGAUGCAGAGAGGGAGCUAGUCAGACGGCGCUUAACUACAGCUAUCACGAGGGCAUUCCCCGCAGCGAAUCUACGUGUAUGCUUCACAAACUGUCCCCUCCUACGUUUGGGGGGUAAGGCCAGACUACCGUUGGAGGCCACAUCAAUGUGCAUUUAUUCACUCACUUGCCCCUGUGGAGCAGGAUGCAUUGGCCGCACAACAAGACGCCUGGUAAAGAGGGUGCGUGAACAUAUGCCCACCUGGCUAGACAGAGGUGAGACCCGGUCGAUUUCGAGUUCUAUUCUCGCACAUUUAAUCGAUGCGAAUCACCGAGUCGAUGCCAAGGAAAUAUUUCAGGUUGUCUACCGGACACGAACGUGCUUCUCUAAAGGCCUACGUCAACGGAUACUAGCAACGACCGAGGCAGUGGCCAUACGGUUAGCGAAUCCGGUGUUAUGCUGUCAGAAAACCCUGACACAAGCACUCUCCCUGCCGUGGCCAACGCCGACCCCAAGUGAUGACGACAUGCCGCCCCAAAUCCCUAAUUACAGUGAUGGGUACUCUGUGUACUCAAUCCAAGAACAUCACUCAAAGACUCUCUUACCCCCUCCCCUAGCUUUGAGGACCAACACCCGCCGACCUUGUCAUGCGGGCGGCGUGGGGGUGAUGAGUGUUAAUAACUUAAUUGCCCUUGAGACAUCUAUAAACACUGUUGAUUUUGUACAUUUUCAUUCCUUCAUGUAAUUGUAUUGGCCUGACGAAGAAUUACCGGAAACACGUGUUUGCCAACUUGACUUUUCAAGUGUAACAUGGGAAUAUUUGCGGAACUUAGACAAUUAUUUUUUGUUUGUGUCUUCGGUUCUCCAAGGUAGUGCUACUGCGCAGUGGAAUUCUUGUGAGGAGGCCCGCCAAAUUACGGACAAGAAGCUGGACGUUUUACAGGAUGCGCUGGUUAAACUGAUCCGCAUGAUUGUCAACGCGACCAUUGAUUUGGAUCCAGGAACCCUAGCUUCUGGCAUACCUGAAUGCAUUUGCCUUCUAAUGGAUAUCACACGUAAGUUUAACUUCGGAAAUGCUUCAUCUAUUAAGUUGCGUCAUGAGACAAGUCUUGUCAACCAACCACUUUUCUUACCCCCUACUCGACACCAUGUUACCAUUCAUGCAGUGUGUUUGCAUGGCACAACUUGCAAGUUUUCCCAUGAAAAUAUGCAGAGGGAAUUGGCGUAUGCUUUUGAUGAAAGAAUCUUCAUGCAGUAUAGUCCAGGGAAAAGUUAACAUGUCUCUCUUAACUCGGUGAUUAGCGCAACUCUUCAUUUUGUUUUUUUUUUCAAAAACUUGCGUAUUAUCGCCGCUUUCCGCGUGUCGGUAAUUAGUCAAGCAGAAGCAGCAAGCCAUCUCACCACGCUUGAGUUUCCUCCGCCUACGGCCGAUCGGCGAAAAGAGAAAUAUUGAUGGUAGGGGACGCUCACCGAUAGUUCUUACGGAACUCACUCGUUCCGUUGUGCCUUAUGGACUCUCUCUCUCGAGCCCAACCAGCAGCCGCACAGCGGCGCAUGAUACAUAGGCAGAAUGAUAUUACCGACAAAGACAGGCGAGACUGGAGAAAUAUCGAUUGGCGUCACGGCGUCCGGUGUACGCAGUGCUUGACAGGCGUGAGCUGCCACACUGACGACCGUGUGAACGUAAAAGCGACGCCAAAAAUGCAAUGUCAAAACACCCGAGCGAUAAGGCGGUCAGGGAAAUGCACUCGAGCUAAUUUUCACACCAUGCUCCCACCCUGCUGUGGAGCCCACGGUGGACAUCGGCGGUCACGACGGUCAGGGGCGGUGGGAGUAGGUGGGGUAGGAGAAGGAUGGAAUGAGGAAGGCGGUGGAACUGGGGGGGGGGGGUCAGCACAGGUUUGUCCUUGGGACGGGUCCGGCGGUGCCUCGGAGACAGCAGCCUUGAUCCGGUUGACGCGGACCACGUCCUCCUUGUCACCACGAAAGAUUCGGCAGGUCCCGGUAUUGCUUGAGAGAGUACCCCGGAAGGUCCUUCCUAUGGUGAUUUCAGCGGCUGGCGCAUACAGUCGCACUGAACUAACAUGUGAUAGCAUUCGGCAAAACUUUUCUCGACACACGACUCGGUUGAUGGAGUUCGCGGCGGAACCUUGGGCAGAGAGCGCACAAAUUGUCGCACAAAGUUGUCAGGACUCUCGUCAGCACCGUGAGCGGUUGGGGUUACCUCUCACCUGACAGCUGGAGGUUAGGGCCGAACACUUAUGCGGCAGCACUGCAGUCCAGGUCCGACUUUAGUUUGAGGAGCUCUUGCUAUUACGGUCAGUAUCAAACUGCCCCCUCUCUUCCGAUAGUUUUUUCACUCCACUACCCAAUGCUGCCAACUGAUGGUAGUACGCGGCCGUUACCCGAAUUCUUUAUCACAAGAUCUCAAGCUGGAAUGCUGAAGAGAGGAAGUCAAGGAGCCCUACAGACCAGAGAAAAGUGCACGUCAAACUCAAUAACAUCUUCGGUGAAACAGGGUUAGCAACUGACAGGAACUUCGAGGUUGUACAAAGUGCAGACGUACCUACCUACAUCGCCACUUCGACUUGAGGGAUAGAUGUUCAAAACCCACUUCAUGGUGGUUUCCUAGGUCAACUGCUGUUUACCGCCGCUGUCGUUAAUCUUGUUUGGUUGGGACAGUUUUCUCAAUGCUGAAAACCGGAAAUGACAGUAAAUGGAUGCUUUGAAGUCGACCGUUAAGGAUAAAAAAUCUCAGGCAAAAUGCUGUUUCGGAACUUUCGUUCAGUAACCUUUGUGUCUAGUCUGUUUUUUUUGUGGCUGCAUCCUAGUUUUCCCUUCGGAGCCAACUAUCUGGACCUCCCUUGCUCCAGUGCCAACUAUACAUUUGUCUCCUAUAUUCUACUUAGCUCGCUCAGUCUACCUCCCCUCCCCGGAUUGUUUACGGGGUACCUUUCGGUACCGAUUGAAUAUAAAACCAUGUUUUUAUUACUGCUACAUGCCUACUUACUUGUUCCUAGCAUGUAUGCUACAUCAGGGCUGAGUUUCCGGCGGAGCCUUAGGAAACGAAUAAAAUAGGGGUUAUGGUUAAGUUUAGGGUUGGGCUAAAGACUAAUGUUAUGUUUAGGUUUAAGUUUGCUUACCGCAUACCGUCCUUCCUAUUCCGGCCCUAUUUUACCGAUAACCUUCGAUUAUCUGUUUUUUGCCCGUUUGCACACGCCGAUUCGCAUCUUUUAAAUUGCGCGGUCUGUUCCGGCAUCUUAUCGAAAUAAUAAAAUAAACGUAUGACAGAAAUGCGGGUUUUCUAAUGCCUUCGCGGAUUCCGUUAAUUGCCUCGCCCAUUUGCCCUACUGGUAAAACUAAUAUUAGCAUAAUCCCCGUAUCGCAGGCGUCCUUGAGCUCUAUUUUCUCAGUGGGCCUACAUACCCAAUCCUCGCCAAAUUUUCCGUUUUAUUUCAAAAGUCAUCUUGUCCUUGACGCUUAAUUUUUUUUUCAUAAACUUAGGCUUCGCAACAGCAGAACAAGAGGAGCUUCUAUUGAAUAGCUUGGCCGGUCUGAACAAUAUCACCUUCUACAUGGACUCGGAGACGCAACACUUCCUGGUAUCCUACCAGAAGAACAUAGCUAAAGGUGGGCGCAAGCCAAAAUGCUCCUACUACUCCUUUCAUUCUUUUCUGGCCGCACGAAUCCCCUGCGUCAGUUUGCGGGUUUGUGCAGUCUGGGCUACAGAAAUGUCUCUCCUGGCUUCUGCCUGUUAA